AUUGCACCCUAUUUCAAGCACAUAGAGUAUAUGUAAUAUAUAUUAUGUAUGACAGAAGUUCACAUAACCAUAUAUCGCUUGUAUCAAAUACCAGCAUACGUACGUAAGCACCAUACGCUCAAUGAUUUCUCAAUUUAAAGCUCAUUUAUCGCGUAUGGCAGCACAGCGCUUAGCAAACUGUCAAACGCUGACGAACCAGUGCGAAUCCGACAAUAAGCUAGCAGCAACAGAAGUGAAGUGAAAAAAAUCAUUUAAUACAUGAAAUUUAGCAAAAGUUCAUGCAAAAAUGUGUAAAAAGAGUGUAUAAAGUUUUAUAGUAGUGCGUGAGCGUCGCGUCGGUAUGUCUCGUAUGUGUUUGAAUGUUUUAAUUACGUGUGCAACAACCAAAUAUUUGUGUACAAAUAAACAAAACGACCUGUGAAAAUAUCGCCCACGCCUUCCUUCCGCUAACCGUAGUCACAAAUCACCGUCGCAUUGACAGUAGCAGCCACAAGCGCAGUGAAAGCAGUUGAAAAUAUUGAAAGUUACAAAUAUCGCAGCUCAUUUUAAUUGGAUCACGGCGACGUUAAAAACGCCCACAUCUUCGGAGGUCAUCAGCGUCACCGGCGCAAUGCCACUGGCCGAUUUGAAUAAAGAUUUGCGCCAACAGCAUCAGCUAGGCGUAGGUAUUGCUGUCGGAAAUAAUGUCCACCCGGACAAUGCCAAUGGCGCCUUGGGCCAGCAGCAGCGGCGCCAGCGUAUGCAGAUCACUUCGUCAGGUUGUAGUAGUCUGGCCGUGACACCAAUGGAGCACACACCCACUGAUGAAGAAAGUGGUGGUGUGACCACAGUGACGUCAUCCCAGCGCAGGCAGCAAGCACAGCAACAGCAACAACAUUUGCAACAGGUGCAGCAAACGGCAUUACAAGCUGCAUUAGAACAACAUCACAUCAGCUCCGAUACGGCGGAUACGACUGAACUGAUGGAUUUAAGUGAUUCGGAAGGUUAUGCGCCAGCUGUGGGUGAUGGGGAGUUGCGCGAAAAUGAGUUCGAGCUACGCGAAGUAAUAAAGGAAGGCCAUGACAAAGCCGACCCAUCGCAAUUCGAAUUGUUGCGUGUACUGGGCGAAGGCAGCUUCGGAAAAGUGUUUUUAGUACGCAAGGUUAUUGGCAAGGAUGCAGGUACGCUAUAUGCGAUGAAAGUGCUGAAAAAAGCCACGCUGAAAAUCAAGGACCGUGUGCGUAGUAGAAAUGAGCGUAAAAUUCUAGCCGAUGUCGGGCAUGCGUUUAUCGUGAAACUGCACUAUGCCUUCCAAACACCCGGUAAAUUGUAUUUAAUAUUGGAUUUUUUGCGCGGUGGUGAUCUAUUUUCAAGACUAUCAAAAGAAGUGAUGUUCACAGAGGACGAUGUCAAAUUUUAUUUAGCUGAAUUGGCUUUGGCACUAAAUCACCUGCACACAUUGGGAAUAAUUUAUCGCGAUUUGAAACCGGAAAAUAUUUUGUUGGACGAAAACGGGCACAUAGCGCUUACUGAUUUUGGUCUGUCGAAGCAACCGUUAGAUGGCUCCAAAACGUAUAGUUUUUGUGGUACCGUCGAAUACAUGGCACCGGAAAUAGUGAAUCGCAAGGGACAUGGUGUUGCAGCAGAUUGGUGGUCUUUUGGUGUUUUGAUGUUCGAAAUGUUGACGGGAAAUUUACCAUUUCAUGGACAAACGCGCCAAGAAACAAUGAAUCAAAUAUUACGCUCGAAAUUAGGAAUGCCAGAAAACUUAUCGCCCGAGGCGCAAUCGCUUUUGCGAGCACUAUUUAAACGUAAUCCCCAAAAUCGUCUAGGUGCUGGAGAACACGGAAUACUAGAUAUUAAAGCGCAUUGUUUCUUUGCAACAAUUGACUGGGUGAGGCUGGUGCGGAAAGAAGUACGUCCGCCAUUUAUACCAGCAGUGUCGCGAGAUGACGCGUUUUACUUCGAUAUCGAAUACACCUCAAAGCCGCCACACGACUCGCCCGGUGGUCCAAUUUCUGCGUCGGCUCAUGAAAUCUUUCGUGGCUUUAGUUUUGUGGCGCCGGUGUUACUGGAUGAAUCUUCAAACAAUUCCAGUCCACUGUCGCCUUAUGUGCCCCACGCACACAACCCGCAGCGUACACUGCCAGGUGUGCUGCCUGGCAACUUUCAUUCUGAAUACAAUCUGUUGCAAGAAUUGGGUCGCGGCACAUUUUCCGUAUGCCGUUUGUGUGAGCAUCGCUCAACCAAAAAGCAUUUUGCAGUUAAAAUUAUUGAAAAGGCAGCGGCAGCAGCUUCGUCUACAUCCGCCGAUUGUUGGGAAGAGGUUGAAAUAAUGCUGCGAUACGGAAAUCACCCUAACAUUGUCACUCUAUUCUCAGUGUAUGAGGACGUAACGUCUGCGUAUCUAGUUAUGGAGUUACUGAAAGGAGGAGAGCUACUCGAUCGUAUACUAGCGGUGGGACAAAUGUGCGAAAGUGAAGCCAGUGCGGUGCUGAGGACGGUUGUGUCCGCUGUGGCGUACCUGCACGAGCAUGGUGUUGUGCAUCGUGAUCUAAAACCAUCGAAUAUGAUUUAUGCCAGCAUGCGGCAAACGCCAGAGACUCUAAAACUUUGUGACCUAGGAUUUGCAAAGCAGCUGCGUGCCGACAACGGUCUACUGAUGACACCAUGCUAUACAGCCAACUUUGUGGCGCCAGAAGUACUGAAACGUCAAGGUUAUGACCUGGCCUGCGAUAUCUGGUCAUUAGGAGUGCUACUUUACAUAAUGCUCUCUGGUCGCACACCGUUUGCCUCAACGCCAAACGACUCUCCCGAUGUGAUAUUAAAGCGGAUAGGUUCCGGACAUGUGGACUUCACUUCCAGUCGUUGGGCGAUGACCGGCCACGAAGUCAAAGAUCUGCUACGUCAGAUGCUACACAUUGUGCCGGAGAAUAGACCGACAGCAGCACAAAUUUUGCAACACCCGUGGCUGCGCGAACAGUCAGCGGGUUCAGUGCGCCUCACAGAGUACGCGAUAAUACCCACGCAAAUGUCAUCCAAAGGUGUCAAUGCCACAGGUGAAAGAGGUGUGGGUGUGGCGCAACCCAACGCCAAUUCUGUGCGCGAGGCAACAGCAGCACUACGCGGCGCAGUCGAUGCGACUUUUCGCGCAAUUGCAAUACCACAAGCGGCAAAUGUGGGACCAGUAGAAUUGUCGAAAUUGGCGAAACGACGUGCCAAAGACCGAGCCAACCUGCACUCGUAAAUUUUUUGGCGAAAUUUCAAUGAAUAACUUGCUGGGGGGCUAGGAGUGCGUUAGAUAAAAACCAUUUAGUGUGCUAAAUGGAAAUUUGUUUACCAUAAAAGCAGCGUUGGUGCGUGUGUGGGGAAACAAAUUGCCAUCAUUAUAUUGUGGCACACAUUGUUAGCGUAUUUAUUAAUAAAACAUUUAUCUAGCGGUGAGGAGAAGGCGGGGAGUAAUUAUAUUUUUAGGCGUUUUGUCAGCUUCUUACGCACGACUUCCAGCUGCACAAACACACAACCCGCACCAAUUAAGGGGGUGUUGAGGCCAGCUGGUGUGCGUUCGUUUGUCUGUGCGCGUUUUUAAGUGUGACGAGAUUUUGCGAACAAGUUAAUUAUUUAUUUUAUAAAAUAAUACGUGUUACAUACAUAUUAACAUUUGUAAAUUAUAGACAAGAUAAACAGAAGAAGAAGGGUAUAUUUUUUGCAUAACUACUUACUCAAAAAUAAUGGCCAAAGUUAUAAUGCUUAUCAGAACUAACAAACAAAAAUUAAUAAUAUUACAGUGAAAACAUUGUAUACCUGUACACGCAGCAAAAGCUGCAAACAUAUUCUAAAUAAGUAUUUUCUAAAACGAUUUCAACCACGUUUAGUGUUCGUAGCAGCGAUAAAUAGAUUCAGGCAACUUCCCUAAGAACAAUUCCAAAAAAAUUUCUCAUGCCAUUGCCAAAUUUUUGACGUGUGCACCUGCAGCACUCUGCGUUUGAAAUCAAAAUUAUGCACGAAUUUUACUGAAUAAUAAAUGACAGACCUAUAUUUUGUAUAAAAUUAUUGAAUAUGGUAAAAUUGUAAAUUUCGCUCUUAAUUGUAGUGAAAUUGAAUUGUGAAAACAAUACGAGAUUGUGAUUUGCCUUUGAGAAUAAGUAUAAAACACUGCAUACGCACAUAACCUAUAAGUGAGCUCGGUUGAAACGCUGAACAAUUUUAUUUGUAAUGACGAGAGUUAUGUGGAAGUGUUGUGGACAGUAGGAAAGUGAUACUUGUUUUGUAUAUUAAAAAUCCAAUUUGAAAUACUUGUCGUUGGGAGAAUUUGAGGAAAGUAUUUAUCUAGUAAUGUAAGUAAUUAAUUACGUAAGCAUGGACUCUCCGGAGUCUUUCUACCGAAUAAGCGAGCAUAAUAAUGAGUUGCUGAAUUCUCCUACUCACUUGCGGUUUCUGUAUUUCCAAAGUCGUGAAUGUAACAGUCGAAAAAUGCCAAGCAUUGCUGCUCCUGAACGCAAACUAAAAGAAAAAAAGUAAAGUAAAGUUAAUGAACAAAUUAUAUUGGCGAUUGAAUGCGUGUAAUUAAGAUACAGUUGUAGUUUUAGUGAAUUUAAAUUUGACAUUUUGUAACUCGGCUGUAAUUCGUAUACAUAUAAUCACAUUAUCGCUUCUAACUACAAACAUAUAUACAUACAAUAUAUAUUUAAGUAAAUAAUAGAUAACAUAAGAAAGUAAUGAAGGUUUGGUGUUAAUAGUAAUUGCUCGUACAUACACGUGUACAUAUGUAAAUUUGUAAAAAUUGACCGAAGAAAUUUGCAUAAAAAGCUACGUUAACCUAAAACGAUGACGUCGGUAUAGUAUUUUAACAACUUGCAUUAAAUAUGUAUAUACAGACAAACAUAUAUAUUAAAAAAGUUCAAUUUACUAAAUAUUAAAUGCAUAUUGCUAAGCAGAAAUACACAUACAUACGUACAUACAUAGAUACACAAAUACACACAAAGAAGGCAAAUAUUAUAUACACAUGAUGCAUAAAACAUAUAUUAGCUAUAUACAUAUACAUACAUAUAUAUGGUAUGAUUAACUAAUAAAUGUAUAUAAAUAUAUUUAGAGAGAAUUUAUAUAAUUACCUACCACAUACUUACCUUGAAAAUUAUGACGUAAUAACUGCAUAAAUACCUACAUAUACCUACAACAUUUGUCGAAAUUUAUAAAGUUGGGUUGUUGGGCGGUCUUUUAAGCUUCGCAACUUCUGUGUUAAAUAAAAUAAAAUUUGCAUAAAAACUGUUGCAGUUUAUACAUAACAAAAAUAUAUAUAUAAACAUAUUUUGUGCAGAUGUAGGCUAACACACACAUAUUUACAUAUACAUGCAUACGCAUGCCUUUUGCAUAUGUAGCUAUUGUUGAAAUUUGCAAAGAUUUAAACAAACUUGUCUAUAAAAUGAGAUUUUGGAACGAGCCAACUGCUGAACAAUUUGUAAAACAAAACCCAAAACAAAAAAAAAAACUAAUUUAAUGAAUAUAAGAAAUUCAGUGCCAUGAUAAAGUGUCAAGCAAGCGGUCUCACAAGUGGCGAGGGUAAAUUUAUGAAAAAAGUAAUUAAAGACCAAUUGUUGUAAACCCUCAUUGCUUUUAAGACCGCAUACUACACACAAACUUACAAAGUAAACCACAUAAAAUUUACUUCAAAACACUUUUGUUUCAAUUGUUGUAACGGUUUUCUUUUGCAUUUUUUUCUUUAGUGCAUAAAUUUCACUUAAGAAGAGGGUCGUUUUAAACGCUUUCAUCGAAAUAUAAAAAAGAAAUAGCAAUAAGCAUACAUAGAUACAUACAACUUGCCAAGUAGAAUAUUUUAAAUUCUCAAAAGCGGAAAUAUUAAGACAAAAUGUAUUUCAAAGCAUUAAAAGCUUUCUUCUGGCACUGAUACGGCAAUCGCUCUGUCACCUACGCCUGUCAUUUAUCACAAAACGCAACCUAUGCGCACAAUGAGUAACAAAAAUAAUAAAAAACAAUAAAAAUAAAUAAAAAAGUAAACAUAGACGCUAAUUAUCACUUCCUUUCUGCCCGCUGCUGGCUAGCAUUUGUCGUAUCAGCGCUGAGGCACAAACCAAACAGCCAAACAAAAAGUCUAAUUUGAGUGAAAAAAACUGUGAAAAAACUGCAAAUUUUUGCAACAAGUUGCUUCCAUGCAAAAUUUAUAAAAAAAAAAAUACAAUUAUUGUUUUUUCUAACGUUCAAUUAAGCAAGAAAUUCGAAUGUAUAACAAAUGUAUUAAAAAAAAAACAUACAUACAUA